AUGACUUGAGUGCAUGUGUUCAUACGUAACUGGAUGUUUCAUGGACGAAAACAUGGCUGAAUUGUUUCGUUGUUUCGUGAAAUUUUGUGUAGAGUGAGAGGACAAUCCCGACGUCAGACGUGUGAGUUGAGGUCAUUAUGACUUCGAUUCAUCUCGUCGUACAUCCGUUGCCAGGUACCGAUGACCAGCUCAAUGAUAGAUUGAGGGAGAUAGCGGACAAAAUAAAUAGAUAUGGAUUUGUAACACCAUCAGCUUUUAAUUCUCUGAAAGCAUCAAUAAAACGUAUCGUAGUUGGACCAACUCAUAUCGCUUUUCUCACAGACGACAAUAGAAUAGCUAGAGUUGCAUUUACCGUACUACCGGAUAGAUUGGACUUGAGUAAAAAUGAGCCAAAUAGAAACACAAGUAAAAAUCACGUUGGAAAUUCCAAUUCCGCACCAAAUGGUAAUGGAAGUAACAGCAGUGGCAGCAGGACAGGUAUGUCACGUUCGCGUGCGCGGAUCAUGCGUAACAGUUCCGCGAUACGUGGCGGUAGUAGCGGCGGAGGGAGCGGCAGUGGUGGUCGCAUAGGGCCGCCUGGUGUUAUAAUGGGUGGAGGAAGUGGUAGCAGUUCUCGCCCCAUUGCUUCCGUGCCAGCGCCGUUUGUACCGGAGGAUCUGAUAUCUCAGGCUCAAGUUGUGUUGCAAGGAAAAAGUCGUAAUCUUAUCAUCAGAGAACUACAGCGUACAAAUCUAGAUGUAAAUUUAGCGGUAAACAAUCUUUUGUCACGAGAGGAUGAAGAAGGCGAUGAUGCAGAAGAUACGGCGGAUAGUUAUGUCCCAGAGGAUCUUAUCUCUUUAUUAGAUGGUGGUUUCAGUAAUGAACAUUCAGUUAUAAUUGAUGCUGAUUCAAUGUUUUCGGAAGAUGUAUUUGGAUACACUGGGAUAAGGCAUCGUGGAAGUUCUUCGCGUCGCUUAGGCAAUGACAGAGAAAGCGAGCGUUCAUCUCAUGAAAGGGAUCGAGAUCGCGAUAGCUUUAGUAGAUGGCGAGAUCGUCAAUAUUAUGGACCGCGACGUUGGCUGGAAUCUGCUCUUAAAGAUUCAUGGGAAAAGGAUUCAGACAACAAGAAGAAAGAAUUGGCCUCGCAGAGUCCAUUGUGGAUAUCGGAAGAACUGGAGUGGUGGCAUGAUCGCAGUAGCGAUCCAGUGCCUCGCUUUGUACAGAUCGCAUCGCUUUACAGUGAACUAAUUGCCAUUUCUACAUCGGGACAAUUAUAUCAGUGGAAAUGGACUGAAUCAGAACCUUACAAAAAUCCAGAGAAUCUAAACGUGCAUCAUCCAAAAACUAUUCCUUUGGCAUUGACCACAGAAAAAAUAGUAAAUAUAUCUGCUACGGCAAUUCGAUGUUCUGUCAGCAUGGAAAGUGGAAAAGUUGCAACUUGGCUCGAUGAACUUUUAGGACACGUUGCUUCUCGUCUUGAACAUCCGGCACAGGCUUUCACUGAAUUUACAUUGGAUAAAAUUGUAUCACUUCAUACGUGUGCUUUGUACACUGUUGCAAGACUCGAGAGUGGAACAUUGUAUUGGUGGGGUGUUUUACCGUUUGCACAGCGUAAAAAAUUAUGGGAAAAGUACAAAGCUAAAUCACGUAAGCACAGGCCAUCUACUGUAUUAUCAAGUGACAUUAGUUAUGGGACACAUGUAUGCAUGAAAAAUAGUCCAGUUUAUCAGCCAGGAGCUAUUGGAUUUACAAUAGCUAAUGGUGUACCAAAAGUAGGACAAUUACUGUCGGCGGCGUGGAAUGUGGACGCCACUUGUAGAUUCAAGAUAUUGCCUGCUGGUACGCACGUGUCUAAUGCAAGUGCCGAUAAGCGUGAGUCUAACGGAAAUGGAAAUGCAGGAGUGAAUAAACCGAACCAUAAGGAAACUGCCGACCGGCUUGACAUGCCACCACCGCCAUCUCCUGCUUCAAGCACUUGCAGUGACACUGGCAGCAUUACAACAAGUCAUAAACGGCAAAAACGUAUGACACCUCGAAGUGAAGGAGAAUCCGAUAGGAAGGACGAAGAGGAUUGGCAAUUGAAAGAUGUUGUUUUUGUUGAAGACGUCAAGACUGUACCUAUUGGAAAAGUUAUAAAAGUUGAUGGUUGCUAUGUUGCGGUCAAGUUUUUUUCGAAGGAUUCAAAGGAGAAGGAAAAGGAAAUUAAAGACAAGGAUUUUAAUGCAUCAGAUUUUAAGGAUUUUACGACGGAAGAACCAAUGAAAUUAUUAGCGGAUUGUAGACUUUUACGUAAAGAUGAACUACAGGUCAUUAAAUCGUCAUUAAAUCCACGAGCUCCGGACUGUUUUCAAAGAACGCCAAGGAGAGUCAAUAUUGUGGAAGGUUCAAAUGAUAGUUUAUUAACUAUAUCUACUGAUGGACAAGGUAUUCAUGCUAUAUUGAAAAGUGGAAAUAAGCUGAGUUAUGUCGUAUACAAUCUAAGUACAGGUAGAUAUGUUCAAGAUUGUUAUAUUCCAUCUGAUAUUUCGUCAUUUUUGGGGCUACAACCUCAAAACAUUAAUCUUACAAGUGCGGGAGAGAAUAUUGAGUGCUCUAUGAUUUUACGAGAUGGUAAUAAUACCAUUUAUCCAAUCGCGAAAGAUUGCGCCGAUGCCAUACGCGAUCCAAACUGGCUGGAUCUGGCUCCAGUAAAUUGUAUCGGCGCGGCAACCAUUCCUAUUCCCAGCUGUUCCAAUUCGAAUAAUCUGAAGAAUCAGGUUGCAGUCAUUGCAUUAGCAUUUGACAAUCUUUUGCUCAUACCACGUAUAUUACGAUGUGAUUAUGAGAGUGUGAAGCAAGUAUUUUGUAAUUUGGAACAAGAUCUAAAGAACAAUUUGACAUAUUCAAAUGCAAAUUCACAAAUUCAAAUGAUAUUGAAGGAACGCUGCGAUGGCAACCGAAAUAUACUUCACGCUUGUGUUAAUAUGUGUUCACCAACUUCUAAUAAAGAAACUGAACAAGUUAUUGAACGUGAAUUAGUGUCGAAUACAGUAGAUGGAACUUCUGCACCUAUUGAAGAACCAAUUCCAACGUUAAGUUGGCCGCCGGAAGCAUUUGAUAAUACAUCGGGAGAAGAAGAUAGUUUAUUGAGCAUAGGUGCUGCUAGUAUAUCCAUGAUGAAUAAAUCUGGUGUUGGGGCUACAUCUAAUAAUACAUACAUUAUAGAUUCCGUUGAAAGACGACACAAUGCAUUGCUUAUAUUGAAAUACAUGUGCGAAAAUAAUAUCUUGACAUCGCAUCUAAGGGAAUUACUAACGGCAAAGGAUGCUCAAGGACAAACACCGCUCAUGCUCGCUGUGUCGGUUCGUGCAUAUCAUGCAGCUCUUAUUUUAUUAGACACUAUACAAAGAGUUGGUAAAGAUGUGAAAGAUACUUCAGCCAUGAUAUUGCCAGCUGAUGCCAGUCCAGAUUUGUCUCCAUUGUUUGUUACUUGUUGCAAUGAUACAUGUAGUUUUACGUGGACUGGAGCAGAACAUAUUAAUCAAGAUAUUUUUGAAUGCAGAACAUGUGGUUUAACAGGAUCUCUGUGCUGCUGCACUGAAUGUGCUCGUGUCUGUCACAGGGGUCACGAUUGUAAACUCAAAAGAACUUCACCUACAGCAUAUUGUGAUUGUUGGGAGAAAUGUAAAUGUCGCGCUCUCAUUGCUGGCCAUCAAGGCGCGAGAUACGAUUUGCUGUGUCGUCUCGUAAAAGACACAGAUCUCGCUACAAAAAUCAAUUCACGAGGUGAGAGUAUCUUAUUAUUCUUGGUGCAAACGGUUGGAAGACAAUUAGUUGAGCAACGUCAAUUUAGAUCGGCACCUAGGCAGCGAUCAACUUCGGCCAGCCGUAAGGCACCCACUUCAGAUGGUUUGGGUGCGGAUUCAGACAUGCCAGAUCAUGAUUUAGAACCUCCCCGAUUUAGUCGAAAAGCGCUCGAAAGACUGUUGAAUGAUUGGCCAGCCGUUCAAUGUAUGAUUAUGUCGGGUGUUUCUGAGAAUGGUGCCGAUCAAUUAUUUGGUGACCAAGGACAGCUAUGUCGACAGAGUGGAACUGCGUUACUGGACAAGUUUACGCAUUCCUUACUUGUCAAAUGUAGCGCCGAAAUGCUCGAUACAUUGCUCACUACUUUGAUCAGAGAAUUACAAGAUGAAACUACAGAAGGACGACAAGAAGAAGCAAAUAAUGUAGCGCGCAGAUUUGUGAGAUCAGUGGCACGCAUCUUUGUCAUCUUUACUAUAGAAAUGGCACCAAAUACGACGAAGAGACGAAGCACAAGUCAAGCUUCGCAACCAUUAAUGAAAUGUCGGAAAGUUUUUCAAGCGUUAAUCAAACUAGCUGUAGAAGAAUUGUGCGAGACAGCGGAUUCAUUAAUAGCACCAGUCAGAUUAGGUGUAGCACGUCCAACCGCACCAUUUACACUAACGAGUUCUGCUAUUGAAGUGAUCAACGGUUCGGAGGAAUUGUUCUCUAUAGAACCUUUAAUACCUCAUAGUGGUCUCAAUUCGCAGACGUUGGACGCGGCAUUACAAACGCAACAAGGAAAUAACAAUAUAACUAUAUCGAGAGGAGAUGUUUCUGCUGUAGACGAAGCAGAAGGUGGAGAAGAAGUCCCUAUGGAUAUGGAUGGCGAUAUCAGCGAGCACGAGGAAUCGGGGGUGUCUGGAACCGUCACCGGACAACCACUUGGCGAGGUUGACUCGAAUGCUGGUGGUGUCGGCGAGGAACAAGCGGGAGAUGGCGAAUCAGAUACGGAAUUGGACCUUUUGGCGGAAGCGGAAACCGAAUCCGAUUCAGAUGAUAAUCACAGCAAUCAAGAUGCAGCGUCGGCGCAACGUAGCGUACAAACGGGAGCAACUGCAGGCUCCGACGGUGGAAUGGGAUCGAUAUUAUUAUUUCCCGAGGACGAGUCAGGAGAAUCGAGUCAACAAGAAGAUGAUGAGAGCGAAGCGGGAGAAACAGACGAGCAAGACAACGAAGAAUUUCAGAUCGGCGAUGAACAGUUAGAGCGCAGAAGUGGGUCGUCUGGUCAUCUACAUCGUAACAAUCUCGCGCCCGUGUACAUGCAAUGGGCAAUACGCAAUCGUGAAUCGAAUACGCGUACAGCAGGAUUACGAGUAACCGGUGGAAGUAAUCUGGUAUUCAUCGAUCCUGCAUCUUUGAGACGCACCACUGCCACAUCCGCUGUCGCAACCGCACAAGAACCGAUUACCAUGGGAACUACUGCUAGUUGUCUUGCACGAGCUUUCGGAAUCGUCAUCCGACAAAUCGCUGAUCUGUUGGUCAUGACGCAGGACUACAAAAAUUUAGCGCCCUCGUUACCACGUCAAAUAGAAAUCACUUUUCAAGACGCUCUAAGUUUACAGUCAUAUUUAGAAGCACAUCUGAAGCCCACCUGGGAUUGGCUGCUUACGGUGAUGGACGCUACAGAGGCGCAGUUAAGAUUUGGAGUAUCCCUAACACGUAGCGCGGAUCCGACUCACCCCGAACACCCGCUCAAUAACGCUCCAUCGCUAUCAGGCAGUAAUUUCAGUGGUUUACUGAACACAGCCGCCCUUUCACUGACUCUACAAGGAAAUACAGGUCGGAAUCCUCGCGGUGGUAUUGCUACGAGCUCGAAUAUCUCCACUCCUCAAGCAUCAACACGACUCACCGUUGGUUUUGCAGGCGUUGGCGAGCCUCCGAGGAGCAGUAGAGAGCGCGAAGGUGGUGAUGCGCACUCGGCGAGGCGAGAAUUCUUAUCCUAUUGUCUGUCUUUAAUGCGUGCUCACAAUAGUGAGCAUAGAGAUAGCCUACCAGUUUUGGAUGUUUCCGCUUUAAGACACGUCGCUUACGUAUUCGACGCGCUUGUGUAUUAUAUGCGUUCUCUUUCGGAACCACUUGCUUCCAGAAGCGAGGCACAAAAAGAAUCAUCUAGUUAUUCCAGUUGGAACGAUCAGGACGAGAAUGAUAAUGAUGAAGGUGAGGAGUAUAACUCACCAGCACCGACUGCUAUGGAAACUGAUUCUGUAGAUUAUCCGGAUUUACUUCAAGUACCCAUAUGUGGAUCGCAAGGUCACAGUAGUUCGACGCCGAAAGGGAGAAAGCAUCCUUUCCUGCAAAGAUCAGAUUCCACUUUAUGUCUUGGUUGCCCACCUCUAGAUCCAUUUGAUACCGUAAUGAGCGAAGCGUUGCCGUUAGCUGAUCAGCCACAUUUAUUGCAGCCGCACUCGAGACGCGAAGAUCUAUUUGGUAUUCCGAGACAACCAACUUGUUCUAAUACAGGUGGAUCUAGUCAAAAUCCCUUGGAAGGUUUACCGACGAGAUUAGGUCUUUCCGCGCGCGGUAUGGACAGUCAAAAUAGCUCGGCGAUCCCGACAUUUAGUCAAAUAAUGCAAGGACCGCUUGCCAAUUCUAACUUAGAAUCGAGAAGAAAUUCCAUUUCAGUCGGGGACUUGAGUUCGAGUUCGAUCAAAUACGCGGAGAAAUUAAAAUCAUCUAAUCAUGCAAAUGAGGGGCAUUCGUCUCUCGUAACAGAACAAAUCAUCGACAGAGCGCCAAUUAUAGUAUCUACAAAUAAUCAAAGUGAUGCAACAAUGAACGCUAAAGGCAAAGACAUAUGCAAAAAUAAUAGAAGUGUCAUAGUCAGAGCUGGAACAAUGUCGGAAUCAAACACGAAUAAAAUAGGAGCGCCUGAAAUAUUGGUUGUCCCAACCGUUGAAAGUCAAAAUGUGUCCGAGGAAGUCGACCCAGCUGCCACGAGCCAGGAGAUAUCCGCUCACGAAACUGUUGAGACGAGUCCGAUAGAAUCUGCCAGAACGGUACCGUCGAUUGGAACGAAUAUCUCUCAUAAUAUUUUACUAGGACGAUGGCGAUUAUCGUUGGAUUUGUUUGGACGAGUUUUUAUGGAGGAUGUAGGGUUAGAAGCUGGAUCCGUAGUGUCCGAAUUGGGAGGAUUUCCUGUGAAAGAAGCUAAAUUUCGCAGAGAUAUGGAAAAGCUUCGAAAUUCGCAACAAAAAGAUAUUACUAUAAAGGUGGAACGUGACAGAACACAAUUGUUAGUGCAGACGAUGAAAGAGUUAAAUACGCAGUAUAAUAUAUAUAACAGAAGAGCCUCGAAUACGCCGCCUUUGGCAGUAAAUCGAGUUAAAGUCUUUUUCAAGGAUGAACCUGGCGAGGGAGCCGGUGUUACCCGUAGUUUUUACACCGCUAUUGCCGAGGCAUUACUCGCAAAUGAAAAACUCCCGAAUCUCGAAGCGGCGCAAGUGGGAUCAAAGUACACGCAGUACAAUGUUUUGCAAAAGCUAAAAAGCAGAGAUCGCGAUCGUGAUCUGAGGCGGCAGAACACACGUUCUUCUGGAAAAUGUCGCGAGACACGUCGCGCCUUGUCCUUCGACGCUCGUUCCUUUCAUCCUUCGAACGCGAUCGAAACCAACAAUAGUUCGACACCUGGUAGCUCGUCCAGCACUCAUCCCUUGCCAAUUAAUCACCCGAACAAUGAUCACUUGACCAUGCACCAGCAACAACUUGGCGACAGAUUGUAUCCAAAGGUGCACGCUUUACGACCGGCAUUGGCUGAAAAAAUAACUGGCAUGUUGCUGGAACUGUCACCAGCUCAGUUGUUGAUGUUGCUAGCUUCAGAAGAUGCUCUUCGACAGAAGGUGGACGAGGCGUUUGAACUAAUCCAUAGUCACACUCAAGAUUUGACCAGCGAGAUGUUGGAUCUUGAUGUGUUUAGCUUGACCGAACGAUGCGCGGCAAGUAAGAAGAAAAUGGAAAACAGCAUUCUAGACGACACUGAGGACAAUGCUCCGCUUUUCUAUUCUCCUGGUAAACGCGGUUUUUAUACGCCGAGGCAAGGCAGAGGUAGCUACGAGCGAUUGAAUGCAUUCAGGAACGUAGGCAGACUUAUAGGACUGUGCCUCUUACAAAAUGAGCUGUGUCCACUAUUUUUGAAUCGUCACGUAAUUAAAUAUAUCCUAGGAAGGCCUAUACGUUUCCAUGAUCUUGCAUUUUUCGAUUCCGUUAUUUAUGAAAGCUUGCGACAAUUGGUUAUCGAUGCUGAAACGAAAGACAGUAACAGCUUAUUUUCGGCGUUAGAUCUUACAUUCAGUCGCUUUCGAGAUCUGAAUACAUCUGCUGUAUUUUUAACAAAUAUCGAUUUGUGCCCUGAAGAAGGAGGUGGCUCAAUCGAACUUACGCCCAACGGCCGCGAUGUGGAAGUAACCGCGAGCAAUGUGUAUGACUACGUACGCAAAUAUGCGGAAGUUCGUAUGAUCAAGGUGCAAGAGAAAGCUUUGCAUUCUAUGCGCGAAGGAGUCUUUGAUGUCCUUCCUGAAGGAGCGCUUGACGGUUUGACAUCAGAAGACCUGAGAUUGCUCCUGAAUGGAGUCGGCGACAUCAACGUGUCGGUUCUGAUAUCGUACACGUCAUUUAACGAUGAGUCUGGCGAGUCGACGGAGAGAUUAGUCAAAUUCAAACGCUGGUUGUGGUCCAUCGUCGAAAAAAUGUCGCACGUGGAAAGACAAGAUUUGGUAUAUUUCUGGACUGGCUCUCCCGCUCUACCAGCGAGCGAGGAUGGUUUCCAACCGAUGCCGACCGUGACAAUCAGACCGGCAGACGACGCGCAUCUACCGACUGCGAAUACAUGUAUCUCCCGACUAUAUGUUCCAUUGUACAGCUCCCGUCACGUCUUGCGACACAAGCUACUUCUCGCUAUUAAAUCAAAGAAUUUCGGAUUUGUAUGAAUUUGUAUCGUGUGACUGCGCUUGUACUACGUCUACAAGACAGUCAGUCACCUUAUUGAUAACGAUACAAGUCCUGGAGUUGCACGCUGUUAUUUUUUUCUCCCUUAGAAACAAUUUUUAACAUUUAUAAAUUUGUAAGGUGUAAUUAUGGAUUAUGAUUUUCUCGUUCCUGAAAAAAAUUUUCAUUUUCGUAAAGCUUUCUGUUAUAUAAAGUAUCAUAUUUAGUCCUCUUUCCACCCUUUCCAUUUCCUCCUCUCUCUCUCUCUCUCUCUCUCGCGCGCGCGCGCUCCCCCCUUUCUCUCUAGCCAACAAAUAAAAUUUUUAAAA